AUGGCACGAACCAAACAGUCAGCACGCAAAAAUGCUUCUCCCUUCACACCAUACUCUUUAUCCCCUUCGUCUGACUCUGUGGAACGCUCACCCUCUCCACCACCUCGACCAACACCACCACACACCCCCUCUGAUUCACCAUCUUCUAACAACAACCAAGAAAUCCUCAACCCCAAUCCUUUAUAUACUCUUCUUCCACCACUAUACACUCGUCCCACACCAAACCUUGCUCAAGUGCCUCCACAUUUGCGCAGCCAAACUACUCCUCCACAACGCUCAAUGAGGGUUCAAUCUGGAAUUGGAACUUCAAAACCCUUGAACCCAAAACCAUAUUACUUCAUCAUCUCAGAUUCUGAGACUGAUGAUUCCUCUGAUUCUUGUCCUCCAUCAUCAGAAAAGGCACCCACAAAAACCAAGCCAUCAGCAACAACACCAACACACACCCAACCAUCAACAUCAGCAAGAACACCAACAAACAUCGAACCUACCACACCAUCCAAAUCAACUUUCUCCUCUGAACCCUCACAAUCAACUCCCUCAAACCAAAAACGAAGAUUGAUAAAUGAAAUUGUCUCCCCUUUUACUAAACAAAAUGAACCACCCCCUCAAUCCAAACCACAAACAAAACCCAUGAAAACAAAAUCUGCCAUGACAAUUGCGCAAUACCUUGAUCGCAAAAUAAUCCCAAAUCCUCAAAGGAGAAAAACCCACGCUCCAAAACAAAACCUAAAACACUAUCAACCCACCUCUCCAGAACAUUCUCCACAAUGUUCCCCACCACAACCUCAAGAACAGGAACGUUCACCUGUUCAAACUCCUUUGUCUCCUCCAACACAAGAACGUUCUCCAAAUCAAGAACUUUCUCCUGCUCACACAGUCCCUCCUCCAGAAUCCCCUCCACACCCACAACCUUCACCAUCAACACACGCCAAACGUUCUCCCACUCCAAAACCUUCCUCUACCUCCACUUCUUCUGAAUCUGAACCAUCUCCUCCCUCUAAAAAAUCCAAACAAAAUACUUUGGCUCUAAUUUCCCCCAACAAAUCCAAACUCUUCGAAAACAAAUGGGCUCAACGCCUAGUUGGGAUUGGACGAGUCUUUGUCUUUGACAGCCUCAUCAUUGAAGGCAAUGCUGUCCAGCAUCACACAGACGCUCUUGGAUGGACCUCAUUCCUGCAAACAUCUGAAUGCUACUACCCAGAUGUUGUUCGAGCAUUUUAUUGCAAUGCAAAGACGUUUGCUGACAAAUUGUAA